AUGGGGACACGCGGCCGGGCGCUGAGCAGCACACGUGCGGUCUUCCUGGCUCUGCUCCUGGGUCUGAUCCCUGUUCUGGCUCAGCAAGAGGAGCUGCAGGUUGGAAUUGCAGGACAGGAGGUGACACUGAGAUGCAGAGUCCCUCCUCAGCACACGGGUGUGACCUGGAAGUACCACAAGGCUGUUAUAAGGAUGCUUAAACCUGAGAAUUUGAAGGGCAGAGCUCCCAUGACCAGUCGAUCUGAAAUCGACCCCAGCAGCAAACAGCUGAGGGUGUGGGACUUGGGGCUCUCUGAUGCUGGCAUCUACACCUGUGAAUAUGGCCCUCACCAAGCCAGUGUCUCACUGCAUAUCUUUAAAUUGACGGUCUCUUUAGAUGGGCACUUCCUGCCAAGUGAAGUCCCUGAGCUGACUUUAAUACAAAAUUCAUCCCAUCCUCUGCCUAAUCUCAGCAUCACGUUGUUUAACAAUAACAAUAACGUAUUGAGACCGAAAGUCUCACAAGAUGAGACCCAUCAAAGGUACCGACUGGAGUUAAAGCAACUGGUGGCUACAGACAGUGGGACCUGGCUGUGUCAUGUCCAUUCGGACUCUCCACUGAUCAAUCAGAACAUCUCCUUUGAUGUAAAGGUAUUAGGUUUUCAGAAUCCAGACUCGGAAAGAAAGUAUGCGGCUGUUGAUAGCACUGUCACCUUGUCAUGGCACCUGAACUUCCAGGAGAUAAAAUGGAAAGAAAGUUUCUCUGGGCAAGUGCAUUUGGAACAACAGAAAAGCGCGACCACUCACGAGCUGCUGGAUUUCCUGGUCCCAGCACAGGGACAGCCUCAUAAGACCAAGAAAAGCAGCCACCUGCGGUUUGAGAUCCCUGAGAGCAAACCAAAAAGCACCAUAGAGGUGAAACUCCCCAGAGUCCAUUACAACCACUCUGGGAAGUACCAGUGCCAGCUGGAAUACAACAGAAGAUACACGGAGAGCCAGAUAGAGCUGGUGGUGAUGAAAGUCUCAGCCAGCCCUGCUGGACCACUACCCAGAGGGGCCGAGAUGACCCUGACCUGCCAGGUCUCCAGUUCCCUCCCACCCAACGCCCACCUGCGCUGGGAGCGGGUGAACGGGACCCACGUGGACGUCAAGAACUCAAAGGGGGGUGAAAAAAAGCUGGAGGUGAAUGUGAGUUCUGCAGGGCUGUGGAACUGUCACCUCAUAGAAGACAAGGACAGCAAGAUCAGCCUUAAUUACUCCGUGGAGGAGGCUCCUGCUUGGGAGAGCUACGUGGUCAUGGGAACAGCCAUUGGAGGGGGUGUGUUGGUCUUUGGCCUGGUGUGCCUCUGCAUCAUCAGUGCCAUGAGGUGGCAGCGGAGAAGGCAACGGGCUAAAAGGAUGGCACAAGCAAGACAGUACUUGCUGGAAAACAAGACAUGUCAGUGUCAACACCGGCUAAACAAGUAG